CCACCUUCGCCACCACCCACACACACCCAAUAUAAUACCACUCCCCCGUAUAUAAACCCCCUCUUUCACUCUCUCUCUCUCAGACUCUCUCUUUUUCUUGCUUUUAACAUCUCUCUCAUUCUCUUCCGCCACUCAGUCCUCGAUCUUUCUCAAUAAUCUCUCUCUUUCUCAGAAACAAGCAGACGAUGAUGGUGGGGGACGAGUGGGUGAGGGCGGCGAUGACGGACGACGCGGUGGUGGUGGAGCUGCUGGUGCGGCUCAAGCAGUCGCAAGCGUCGUCAUCGUCCUCGCCCAAGUCGUGGCCUAGAGCGCUGGUUCCGCUAAGGUGGGGCCUGAGGCAGCCCAGGUCCAGGCCCAGAUGCGACGCCGUUUUGCGGAGGAAGGAAGCCGAUUCUACCAGAUGCAGCCCCACCACCCCCCUCUCCUGGAGCGGCGGCGCCCCUCCCUCCCCCACCACCGACGGCUUUGAAGCCUCCAGCGGCCCCGCCAGCAGAUCCAAGGGUACUGCUGCAAAUGAAUCGACAGCUACCAAGAUGUCAAGAAGAAAAAGGACAUUUGCUGAGCUUAAGGAGCAGGAGAAUUCUCUGUUGAUGGAAAGGCUACACUUGAAAAAGGAGAUAGCAACACUUCGUGCAACUUUUAAGGAACAGAGUGCCAAAAAUGAGAGCUUGAAGAGAAUGAAGCUUGAUUUGGUUUUGCAUUCUGCAAAGAAUCUGAGUGCAAGUUCUGAUGGACUGGAGAGAGCAGUUUCCAGAGAACCCUACCAGAGAGUAGCCUCCACUCCUGACCAUAUAUCUUCAAGCUUACCGGCAUAUGACACAAAGGAUGAUAAUCAGGAAUCAGAACCUUGCAAGGCAGUCUGUCUUCCUGAUCUAAAUAUGAUGCCAUCGGAGGAGGAUUCCAGCUCUGAGACCUUAUACGGGAUGAGCUGAGAAAUGCGUGCUGACUGCUUUUCUACUCCUCCCCAAAAGGACAUGGCUAUAAGACACUAUCAACCCGUCUCUAUUAGUACGGAAAACGUGAUCCGCCGGUACGUUGCGCCGGGCCAAGGACCCCUUCGUAGAUGUAACUCUGUAAAUCUUUAGAUGAAGUCGCAGAUGGUAGGAUUCAACUUGUUCCGGUUUUCAGUUCUUGAAGGGCAAAACAAGUUGGAGAGAAGGAUUUUGAGGGUAGUGUGGCAAUCCUAGCCAUUAGGCUGACGAUAUCAUUUAUUUGCGGCAGGUUCCUACUAACCCCCAAAAUUUCUUGGGUGAGCCCUUUGUCACUUCUCGUUUCAGAAUUAUGGACACGUAAUUGUGUCAUUCUUUGUAGGCAAACAGCUGUUGGGCUCCUCUGUUUGAGGUACUUGGAAGUCAAUAACGCUGUUCUUCUUCUAA